CGCUCGUUGCUUAUUGACUUUGUCCCCGAAACGCAAUCAUGAAGGGUAAGAGAGACUCGGCUUUUUUUUUCGGGACGUUGCUGCUACUGCCUCUCUUUACAGCAGAAGCUGUUGCUACUCUUCCUGCAUUGCAAAAUGGCUAACCAGCUUUGUCGCCUGCAGCUCUUAUUCUCGUCGGCGGCUUUGGCACCCGCCUGCGUCCUCUUGUAUGCCCACCCAUUCAUUCAUUGCCACCGUCCUUGCAGCGUCCCACCGGUCGGAAAGCGCAACCCGCGCACCUACAGUGUCGCUUUUGUGCGCCUCGAGGCUAUUCGCUAACAAUGUUUGUGGCAGACGCUGACGCUCCCGAAGCCCCUGGUCGAGUUCGGCAACAAGCGCAUGAUCCUGCACCAGAUCGAGGCGCUUGCAGCCGCUGGCGUCACCGACAUCGUCCUUGCCGUCAACUACCGCCCUGAGAUUAUGGAAAGGUACUUGGCCGAGUACGAAAAGCAAUUCGGAAUCAACAUUUCCCUUUCCAUCGAGACCGAGCCCCUGGGCACUGCUGGACCGUUAAAGCUGGCCGAGGAAACCUUGCGAAAAGACGACACCCCCUUCUUCGUCCUCAACUCGGAUGUCACUUGCGAAUACCCAUUCGAGGACCUCUUGGCCUUCCACAAGGCGCAUGGCGACGAAGGUACCAUCGUCGUGACCAAGGUAGAGGAGCCGUCCAAGUACGGCGUCAUUGUCCACAAGCCCAACCACCCGUCCCGCAUCGACCGCUUUGUAGAAAAGCCUGUCCAGUUCGUCGGCAACCGCAUCAAUGCCGGCAUCUACCUCCUCAACACAUCGGUGCUCGACCGCAUCGAGCUACGACCUACCUCCAUCGAGCAGGAGACCUUCCCCGCCAUGGUUAGGGACGGCCAGUUGCACUCGUUUGACCUGGACGGCUUUUGGAUGGACGUUGGCCAGCCCAAGGACUUCCUAACGGGCACCUGCUUAUACCUGUCCUCCCUCACCAAGAAGGGCUCCAAGGAGCUCACACCCUCCUCGCAGCCAUUCGUACACGGCGGAAACGUGCUGAUCGACCCAUCUGCCAAGAUCGGGAAGAACUGCAGAAUAGGACCCAAUGUGACGAUUGGCCCCGACGUCGUCGUAGGCGACGGCGUCCGCCUGCAGCGCUGCGUGCUGUUGUCUGGCUCUAAGGUCAAGGACCACGCGUGGAUCAAGAGCAGCAUAGUUGGCUGGAACAGCACUGUAGGCAAGUGGGCGCGUCUGGAGAACGUGUCGGUUCUGGGUGACGAUGUCACCAUCGGAGACGAGAUUUACGUCAACGGCGGCAGCAUUCUGCCGCACAAGACCAUUAAGACCAAUGUUGACGUGCCAGCCAUUAUCAUGUAAUACCCCUUUUUUGAUGCUGCUGCUGCUGGUAGUGCUGGUGCUACUGGAAAAAACCAGAAUACGACCAGGGAGAAAAAUACCCUCCAUCUGGCUCACUUCACUCUUUGAUAUGUGUUACUAUUACUAUUAUACCACUUUUAAAAAC